GACACUGGCCAACUGUACUAGCUGCGUGGUCGGUUCAAACUACAAUAUCUUAAGGCCUAAAUGUGCGGCGCACGGUACGCCGGGUUCAUCGAAUUUUUACUUAAUCCUUCCACCCAGCUUUUGAAUUAUUAAAUAGUGCAGGACUCCCUUUCUGUCACUCCUUUCGGUUUCUCUCUCUCUCUCUCUCUGAUUCUGUCUCUUCUCAUUCCCUCUCUCUCACACACAUGUAAGAAAAAGAUAUAUAUCCUAUCCUACCCGAAAAUUAGGCUAUAUGCCUCCCACAAAUCUCUUUCUCUCUCUCUCUCUCUCUCUCUCUCUCUGUCUCUCUCUCGCAUCAAGGUAUCUCUUUCCCCUCCCAGUUUGAUUUGAUCACAACCCAUGCCUCAAAAGCAUGUUAAUUAAUAGCCUCCCAAUCUCUCUCCCCCUCCUAACUCUCUGAUCCUUCGUUUCCUGUGAAUGGCUCUUUUUGUGUUUAACAAACGCAAUGUUAUCGUCAUAGCCAUCUCAAUAUUCUUGGUAAUUCUCCUCUCAUUUUUCCUGAUCACCAAUCUCGAUUCCUCUUCUUCCCCCACCAACACUACCCAUCUCUCGAAUUAUGAAUCUACGAAGCAGGACGAUGAUUGUGGAAUAUUAGAGGGUCUAAAAGAUCCCAACUCGAAGUGCUCCUACAUCAAAACGCACAACUCAUCAUGCGGUCCACAAGGCUACAUCAACUACCUGGAGAUCUUCUACUGCGAUUUGGCUAAGUACCCCGUGCUGGGCUACGCAAUUUACGGCCUUUGGCUAUUGAUUCUUUUCUAUUUGUUAGCUAACACGGCGUCGCGGUACUUUUGCUCCUCUUUGGAGAGCCUCUCCAAGCUUCUGAAGCUUCCGCCGACCGUGGCCGGGGUGACGCUGCUCUCGCUCGGCAACGGCGCCCCGGACGUGUUCUCCAGCGUGGUGUCCUUCGCGGGGGGCGGCGCGGGGGGGGACCUCGGCCUCAGCAGCGUGCUCGGGGGAGCGCUCUUCGUCGCCACCGUCGUCGUCGGUGCCAUCUCCCUCGCCGUCGGCCCCCGCGGGAUCGCCGUCGACCGCCGCGGCUUCGCGCGCGACGCCGCGUUCCUCGCCCUCGUCCUCGGCUCCCUCCUUGCCGUCUUGCUCUCCGGGAGAAUCGGAAUUCGGGGCUCGGUCGCCUUCCUCUCCCUCUACAUUGCUUACGUGCUCAUCGUUUGGGCCUCGCAUUGUUGCUGCGAGAGGAAACGCGGCGGCGGCGACGUCGAAGCGCCGCUACUGAAUGGGACCGAGGUCGAACACCUCGCGUGCGUACAAAAAGAAGAACCCGUCGAAAAACACUACGACAACGACGACGACCACCACCACUAUAUACGUAGCUACUCAAAUUGGCUCCUCUACUUACUACAAGUGCCGCUAUAUUUACCAAGGAGAUUGACCAUACCCGACGUCUCCGAGGAGCGAUGGUCGAAGCCAUUUGCGGUGGCCUCUGCUGCUCUCGCCCCGCUUCUUCUCACCGCGCUAUGGAACUCGCAAAGCAACGACAUGGGCUUCCAAGAGAAGCUCACGGCGUACAUGUUUGGUGCCCUAAUGGGGACACUUUUGGCGAUCAUAGCGACGGAGACCACCGAAAGCGCCGCUCCCCCUAAAAAGUGCUUAUUCCCGUGGCUUUUGGGUGGAUUCUCGAUGAGCGUCAUAUGGACUUACAUGUUAGCGAGGGAAUUAGUGGCACUUUUGGUUUCCAUAGGACACAUAAUUGGGAUAAGCGCUUCCAUACUCGGAAUAACUGUGUUGGCUUGGGGGAACUCUCUCGGAGAUCUCAUCGCUGACGUGGCAAUGGCGAUUAACGGGGGACGCGACGGUGUGCAAAUAGCGAUCUCCGGAUGCUACGCGGGGCCCAUAUUUAACACAUUGAUAGGCUUGGGCCUGUCGUUUGUGGUAGCUUCUUGGUACGCAUAUCCUGACCCGUUCGCGGUCCCUAGCGACACCUCCUUGUGUGUGACGCUGGGGUUUCUUUUUGGUGCGUUAUUGUGGGCUUCUUUGGUGCUCUAUUGCACGGGAAUGAAGCUGAAUAGGGUGUUGGGGAUUGGGCUUUUGGGGAUCUACUUGUGUUUUCUUGGUUUUAGGAUAUGCGAGAGUAUGGGUUUAGGGGUGGAUAUGGGGACCCAUUUUAGUUUGUAGCUAAUUGUGUUGCUUAUUAGGAGCUACUGUUGUUAAAAUUGUGCACAUAGGGGUAAAUGCUAUUUCUCUUUUGUUUAUUGUAUUAUUGUGAAUCUUUUAUUCAAAGGUAUUCGAUUCAUGUCAUGAUAGUUAUCA